GUGACACUCAGCUGUCAAAAGCAGGAAGUAGACGAUGUGCAUCGUCUCUCCUCUAGUUCAAUUCCAUUUUCCUCCUGGUGAAACACAACGGCGUGCAUACGAAUCCUUUGAUUUAUGCACUGUAAGGCAAACGGCAUGCUAGCAACAGAAUUAUUCGUGCAAAGUAAAUCCAGACAAACGUGACACUGAUGCUGAUGAUAAGCCCCAGAAUGGCCUCAGGAAUGCAAGAGAAACAGUUCACAGCAUCUCUACUCAAUUUCUUUGUUUAUAAUCCCACAUUUGGACCACGGGAAGGAGAGGAAGAAAAAAAGAUCCUGUUUUAUCAUCCCAGCGACGUGGAGAAGAAUGAGAAGAUCCGAAAUGUGGGCCUUUGUGAAGCUAUUGUCCAGUUCACGAGAACAUUCUGCCCAACAAAACCAGCAAAAUCCCUGCACACGCAAAAGAACCGUCAAUUUUUCUUUGAGCCUGAGGAGAAUUUUUGGAUGGUCAUGGUGGUUCGAAAUCCAAUGAUUGAAAAACUAAACAAAGAUGGAAAACCUCCCACGAUAGAGUAUCAGGAAGAGGAAAUACUUGACACGGUCUAUGGUGCAGUGGUAAAGCAGUGCUACAGUAUGUAUAAGCUUUUCAACGGUACCUUUAAUAGAGCGAUGGAUGCCGGCGGAGUGGAGCUGCUAACUCAGAAGCUUGAAAAAUUCUUCUACAGGUACCUGCAGACGCUCCACCUGCAGUCCUGUGACCUCCUGGACGUAUUUGGAGGCAUCAGUUUCUUCCCGCUGGACAAGAUGUCCUACCUGAAGAUCCAAUCCUUCGUCAACCGGGUGGAGGAGAGUCUCAGCCUCAUCAAAUACACAGCCUUCCUAUAUAACGACCAGCUCAUCUGGAGCGGCCUGGAACAAGAUGACAUGAGGAUCCUGUACAAGUACCUGACCACCUCGUUGUUCCCCAGGCACUCCGAGCCAGAGUUGGCUGGCAGGGACUCUCCUCUGAGACCGGAGGUUGCAGGCAAUUUGUUGCAUUAUGGGAGGUUUUUGACAGGACCACCCAACCUUAAAGACCCCGAGGCCAAAUUCCGUUUUCCCAAAAUAUUUGUCAGCGCAGAGGAUGGCCACGAGGAGCUGCAUCUGAUUGUGUAUAAGGCGAUGAGCGCCGCCGCUUGUUUUAUGGUCAACGCCUCUGUGGAGAUGACGAGGGAGUUUUGUGAGCAGUUGGAUGGCUUGGUGGGGCCGCAGCUGACUUUGCUGGCGUCGGAUAUAUGCGAACAAUUCACCAUCAACCGCAGGAUAUCAGGGCCAGAGAAGGAGCCUCAGUUUAAGUUCAUCUACUUCAACCACAUGAACCUGGCAGAGAAAAGCACGAUACACAUGAGGAAGACGGCCAGUGUCUGUCUCACGUCGGUUCAUCCUGACCUCAUGAAAAUCCUCGGGGACAUCAACUGUGACUUUGCCAGAGUUGAUGAAGAUGAAGAGAUCAUAGUCAAAGCCAUGACAGACUACUGGGUGGUUGGGAAAAAGUCUGACCAGCGAGAACUGUACGUGAUCUUAAAUCAGAAGAAUGCCAACCUCAUUGAAGUCAACGAGGAGGUGAAGAGGCUUUGUGCGACACAAUUCAACAACAUAUUCUUCCUGGACUGAUGGAAUGAGCACAAAGACUCUUUGACCACACUACAAACUGUCAGUGUUCCAGGGUAUCACGGCAGCAUCAGUGUAAUGCAAUAGUUGCAUUGUAAAAUAAAAAUGGCGGGGGAAGAAAAAAAAAAGAUUUCUCAGCAUUAUUUUUAAUUUAACCUUUAAAAUGUCAUUCCCUCUUGUAAGUAAGUGUAUAAAUAUACUUUGUCAUAUCAUUGUCUUUGCACAUAAUUUCUUUUUAGAGAGUUCUAUUAAGAUUUCCCUGUAUGUCUUCUCAUUGAACACCUCUGUGUCUCAAACUGGUGUCUGCAUAAUUGCUGUUUCAGGCUGCUUUCAUCGCUCACUUUUUUAGACUAUAACAUCAAAUCUUGUUUGUAAACAACUCUACUAAAUCUGAAUAAAUUAUGUUGUAAUUUUGCAGUA